AUGAUGCUUGAUGAUCGCGACAUUGAUCGCUUUGCCGAUCGUAGUCGAGAACUUUGGUCUCAUCGGACAUUAUCAGAAAUGAGAUAUGAACAAAGCAGUUUUCUACGUUGUUGUGGCAGUUGUCCAUUUGCAUCAUUACUUGCAGCUGUUAUAACAAUAGUGGGUACAGGUAUCUUUUGUGGUUGUCUUUACACUCCAGUACCACUAUCGAUUGAACAAAUAAAUGUAGCUUUCGAUGUUGAAUAUAUUGACGAUGAAUGGAUUAAUAUAUUACGUUCAACUUUUAUUUUUAUUCUUGCAAUCAUGGGAAGUUUUUCAUUAAUCUUACUUAUUGUUGGAUCGUUAGCUACUGGUGCUACACGUCAUAGAGUUUAUACUGGAUUUCGUUCUCGACUUGGUGGUCGAAUCGCAACAGGAUUUUUUACAUUUACUGUCUAUGUUCUACUAUUAAUGUGGCUAAUUAUUUUGAUAGCUAUGAUGAUACCAUGUAUUGGUUUAUAUAUAUUAAAAUAUCGUUGUCUUGAAACAUGGGUUAUACCAACAGCAUCUGGUUGGCCAAAUACAGCAUCACCAGUAGCUUGUUUAACGCCUGGAACCUAUGGAAUACCUGUGCCUAAACAUAAACCUGAUGCAAAAGUUUGUCAACAAAAAUUUAGUGAAUUAUGUACAUUGACGGAACAUGCACCAAAAUUUUGGGCAGGCUUAAUCGGUGCAUUUAUUGUUGUAAUGGGUUUGAUUCAUUUUCUUUGUUGUCUAGUGGCUAAUUAUUCUCAUAUAAAAGACGGUCGAAAAUUACAUGAUUAUGAAGAAGCCAUACGUGAAGAACUUGAAAUAUCAAAGCUUAAUCAAUAG